GCCGCGGGGCGGGGGCGACCUUGGCAGGCGCUGCUGCCGCGCGGGGAGCCAGCGGGGCGCUGUCGGUGGCCCACACAGCCCUGUCGGUAGCCGACGCAGGCAUUGCUUCUCUCCUCCUGCCUCGGGGGUCGCUUGCAAAAUGGCUGAGGAUCGUGACGACGCCUCGGAGCAGCUGAAGCAGUGGAAGAACCGGCGGGGUCCGCAGAAACCAGAUGUCUUGACCACUGGUGCUGGGAACCCCAUAGGGGAUAAGCUCAACAUCCUGACAGCAGGCCCACGUGGACCUCUUCUUGUUCAAGAUGUUAUUUUCACGGAUGAGAUGGCUCAUUUUGACAGAGAAAGGAUUCCUGAAAGAGUUGUGCAUGCAAAAGGGGCAGGAGCCUUUGGCUAUUUUGAAGUCACUCAUGAUAUUACCCAGUAUUGUAAGGCAAAAGUGUUUGAACACAUUGGAAAAAGAACUCCAAUUGCGAUCCGAUUCUCCACUGUUGCUGGAGAAUCUGGGUCAGCUGAUACAGUUCGUGACCCUCGAGGCUUUGCAAUGAAAUUCUAUACAGAAGAGGGGAAUUGGGAUCUCGUGGGAAAUAAUACUCCCAUCUUCUUUAUUCGGGAUGCGAUGCUGUUUCCAUCAUUCAUCCAUAGUCAGAAGAGGAACCCUCAGACUCAUUUGAAGGAUCCAGACAUGGUGUGGGACUUCUGGAGUCUUCGCCCUGAGUCUUUGCAUCAAGUGUCUUUCUUGUUCAGUGAUCGUGGUAUUCCUGAUGGUUUUCGCCAUAUGAAUGGAUAUGGAUCCCAUACUUUUAAACUGGUUAAUGCCAGUGGACAAGCAGUUUAUUGCAAAUUCCAUGUGAAGACUGAUCAGGGCAUCAAAAAUCUUCCUGUUGAAGAAGCAGGAAGAUUGGCUUCUACUGAUCCUGAUUAUGCAAUACGCGAUCUUUACAAUGCCAUUGCCAAGGGAGACUAUCCAUCGUGGUCCUUCUACAUUCAAGUCAUGACAUUUGAAGAAGCAGAGAAGUUUCCAUUUAAUCCUUUUGAUUUAACUAAGAUCUGGCCCCAUGGUGACUAUCCUCUCAUCCCCGUGGGAAAGGUUGUCUUGAACAGGAAUCCUGUCAAUUAUUUUGCAGAGGUAGAACAGAUGGCAUAUGAUCCCAGCAACAUGCCGCCUGGUAUUGAGCCUAGCCCUGAUAAAAUGCUGCAGGGUCGUCUUUUCUCGUAUCCUGACACUCACAGACACCGUCUGGGACCGAACUACCUACAAAUUCCUGUGAACUGCCCCUUCAGAACUCGUGUGGCCAACUACCAGAGGGAUGGACCGAUGUGCGUUACUGAUAACCAAGGUGGUGCCCCAAACUAUUAUCCAAAUAGUUUUACUGGUCCGGAAGAUCAACCUAUGGUAAAGGAGAGCCGCAUGAGUGUUUCGAGUGAUGUGCAGCGCUUUAACAGUGCAAAUGAAGAUAAUGUGACUCAGGUGCGAGACUUCUAUACCAAAGUGCUGAAGGAGGAUGAACGCCAAAGGCUGUGUAAAAAUAUUGCUGAUCAUCUUAAAGACGCACAACUCUUCAUUCAGCAGCGGGCUGUUAAAAACUUCACUGAUGUUCAUCCUGACUAUGGUGCCCGUAUUCAGACUUUGCUGGACAAAUACAAUGCUGAGAAAGGGAAAAAGGAUGUAAUUAGAACCUAUACCCGGCCCACAUCUCGUAUGUCUGCCAAAGAAAGAUCCAACUUGUAAUUCAUGCUGUGGAGAUGAGCUCUCUGAAUUUUGCAUCCUUAAAACUGCGGGACAACGUGUUGAAGUUGGUAAUGAAUAUAGCAGACUUGCACACAGCAGUGUUUUACAGGCUUGGUUUAUUAAGCUUUCGGGUGCCUGUAUCUGUAUUGGAAACUAGGUAACACAAGCUAACGAUCCUAGUGCCUUUCAACACUAGUGCUUUGCUGCUUGUUAACAACAUAUGCUGUUCUUAAGGGAAUUAAUGAUUAAAAAUUGUCUUCAUUUCUAGAAACAAACAUAAACUUAAUCAAAAUAAUGUUUCAUUUUUUUUCAUUUGAAAACUUUCCUGGCAAAAUCACACUAUAAAACUUCUGUGAUGACACUGUGAUUAUCCUUAUGGAUAAACCUGUUCAUGUUAAAAAGUGGAUGUUGCUCAAUAUUUCUAAUAAAAUAGUUAUCUGUAUCUAUUUGUAGACGCUUGAAUUUCAUUUCUUGCCUUCCAGGAGUAAAAUGCUGUGCAGUAGUUUGAGUAAAAUGUUGGUUAUAUUUCAUUCUUUAUGAUCAAAAUGAAGCUAACUAGAAAGUUUAAUCUCAGUAUAUGUAAAUUCUAUUCUCAAUAUAUAAGAUAACCUUUGCUCAGUAAUGCUAGGUUGGGGUAUAACCGACCUAAGGGAGAUAGGAAAGGAUAUUUUCUUACUACAUACACUUCACAACUAAAUUGAUUGCAUUGUGCAGUUCUUUAGCAGGAUGAAUUGUUCUUUCUGAGCUGUAAGAAUUGAAAUGGAAAAAUACUACUCUUCCAAGAGUCUGAGAAAAACUUACUUUGGCUGAAUAUGAGUAGUGGUCACCUAAGGAAACAUAUUGGUAGCAUCUGGAUGCUUUACUAUUCAAGCAUACAGUAAAGCCAACUCUAUUGUUUCAUAAGGGCAAAAAUCCCACCUAAUAUUUUUUCUUGAAUGAAUAUUUGGAAACCGUUACCUGGUUGUGGGUAAUUAGUGCCCUGGCUGACUGUGGGAGUUUGGAAUGAAAAUCUGUCAUACCUGUUGCACAUUGGUCUGAACAGACCAAAAGAGUUUUAGAAAUGCAGGAUCAGACAAUUCACUAUGUGCCUAAAGACCUGGCAAUUUUAAUAACUACUCUGUUUGUUCCUUUUUCCUCUUCCCAAAGAGAAAGAUCAGUGUAUGUGUGUAAUUAGUCCAGUUCCCAGCUGCACAGCAUCACCUCUUGUUUGCCUUGUUUCCUUGUUUGCCUGCUGAUACUGCCUCAGUAGUGUUUGGACUGGAGAAAGCAGGAAUGGUCAUACGGAGGAUUUCAGAGCCCAGCUAUCAGCUCUUAAGCCAAUGUUAUACAAAUUUCAACUUGUAGCAGGUUGGAUUUUUUUUCCACUAUUCAGUGCAUUUCUGGGUCUGUCUGGAGUUGUGUUUUGAGUAGGAGUACUUCCUAACAUGGCAUUUAAGUGGGAACUGGCAUUCUGAGAAGGGGUGGCAGAUAGCAAAGAGUAGAUACCAAGUGCUGUUCCACUAAAUUGUAGAAAGCUGCUACUUCUCCAAAUCAUUCUACUAACCUAUAGUGAAAAACCAGCUGCGAUAUAGUAAAGUAAUACAAACUGAUAGUGUACUCUGUUCUAGGAUUCAGUUGGAUUUUCACCUGAUCAGGCAGGCUUAAUCUUUAGUUUUGGUUGUGUUUGCUAAAUGAAUUGUAUUGUCUUCCUCUUCCAUUUCUCAAAUAAAACUGAAUUUAAAAAUCUCUCA